UCGAUAACUCGUCAGCCCUGAACACAUGGUGUUUUGGUUUUGAAUAUAAUGAACGAACUGUAGUGUAAAUUCGAGGAUUUUAACUACUUGGCGCAAUGUUUGUGCUAGCCGAGCUAAAGGAUAACGUGCGAAUUGCUCCAGACCAGUUUAAUCUCCAGCUGGUGGACGCUGUGCGCGACGAAAUCGACCGCAAGCUAGCCAACAAGGUUCUACUCAAUGUGGGCCUAUGCAUUGCCCUUAAGGAAAUUGUCUCACUAAAGGACUCUAUAAUCCUGCCCGGAGAUGGAGCCUCGCACACAGAGGUCCUCUUCCGGUACGUCGUCUUUAGGCCGAUGGUGGGCACGGUGUUGACCGGCAAAAUCCGAAACUGCAGCAGAGAGGGCGUCCAUGUAACCCUCGGAUUUUUCGAUGACAUACUUAUCCCACACGCCGCCUUACAGCAUCCCUCGCGAUUCGACGAGGCGGAGCAGGCAUGGGUAUGGGAGUACCCGCUGGAGGACGGGGCCAAGCACGAUCUUUUCAUGGAUGUAGGUGAGCCCAUUAAGUUCCGCGUCUCAAGAGAGAUAUUCGAGGAGACUUCGCCUAUCGGACCACCCAAGGCGGAGACCCAGUCUCAGCAGGGAGCCAGCACUUCCUCGGCUGCAGCAUCCACUACGUCUCAGGAGGUCAAAACACCCUAUAAAAUUAUUGGCGCUAUUAAUGAGUCCGGCUUGGGCGUGCUCUCCUGGUGGGAUCAGCAGGGCAAAGAAGAAGAUCAGGACGAUGAGGACGGCGAGGACAACAUUGAUUAUGAAAACGACGAAGAUGGAGAAGGUGCUUGCGAGGAGUGACACUUCUCGAGGAGGAUAUUCUCGAACCACAGAAUACCAGUUUUUGUUUAAUAAUUAAGUGGGUGGGUUAGAAGGGGUUACCAUAAAUAAGUUUGUAUACUUUUUUUAAGUUCAUAUAAGCAAUAGAAAAUGAAUCAAAACCUGUAAAA